AUGGAUGAAGAUAUCCUCUUGAGGUCGCCGUCACCAUUAGCGACUACCGACUCUACCGCAGCGAUAGAGAACGAGGAAUUAUUUCUUACAGACAUUACUCUCGAAUAUAAGGCCGACACCACGGCGCAUACCGCUCCCGAGGAACUAACCCUUGUAAUAUUCGGGCCAUACGACGAGAUGGGGGCCAUGCUACCGUUGGAAAGAAUAUCCGAGACAUCAUGGCGGCACGAAGGGAUCGUCGAGAUGCCUGGCAUCGGAGAGGAACUCAUUAUGAUCGCCUUUUGGGACCUGGAACCCGGGGUCCGUAAAGUGGUUUAUCAUUCCGUGGAAGGUGGCGCAUUUGUUACAGUUGCUGGAGGCUUGGUCAUUGGUUCCUGGGAAUUUGUGGCUGACAUAGAUAGUCCAACGUUUACUGUGACAUUCGAUGUCUGCACGAUCUUGGCGGUCGAACGACGAGGCGAUCAAGAUGAGGAUUCUGCGGAUGUAGAAAUACCCGAUGAAACUGCCAGAACGACGCCAUCCGAGCCAGGAGCUGCUCAGGCCGAAAUCGAAGUUCCUGAUGACAACUUCACCGGCAUGCUUCCUCUCUUGACUGACGUUGGAAUGCUAUUCUCCAGUCGCUUCGAACACACCGGCGACCUCGCCGACAUUUCCAAGGCCAUAUCAAUUGAGAAGAGGCUCGUUGCUCGCACACCGGACGGGGAUCCUAACCUUCCUGACAGGCUGACCAACCUCUGUAUAUCACUUUCCACUCGGUUCGAUUCCACAAGAGACCUCUCUGACAUCUCAGAAUCCAUUUCUUCUGGGGAGAGGGCAUUAAAUAUAACACCCGAACGCGAUGAGGACAUGCGUUCCCGCCUCAUAACUCUCAGCGCUGCGUAUAUGUCUCGCUUUUCCCUCGCACAAGACCUUCAUGAUGUCUCCAAAGCAAUAUCUGCCCGAGAAAAGGUUGUCCAGCUCACUACAGAGGGCGACGAAGACUUAGCCGUGGCGCUUAAUGAGCUCGGAGAAUCUCUGAUGCGGCGCUUUGAGCACGAAGGCAAUCUCACAGAUAUCACAGAAGCAAUACGAGUGCGAGAGAGAGCAGUUGACCUUACUCAGGAGGGCGAUGAAAAUCUACCUGGUCGGCUAAACAACCUCGGGCUUUCGUAUUUCUGUCGCUUUGAACACAGCGGGGACGUGAAGGAUAUUUCUAACGCAAUAUCGCUACAGCAGAACGCGGUCGAUCUCACCUCCGAGAAUCACGAGAACAUGCCUGCUCUGCUUAAUGGCCUUGGAAGCUCACUCAUGUCACGCUUUGAAUACACAGGAGACCGUCUCAACAUUGAAGGUGCAGCAUCUGCCCUGAGGAAAGCUGCGCGACUGGCACCCGAGGGUCAUGAAAUCGCAGCCGCAGUGCUCAAUAAUCUUGGGAUGGCACUUUGGGGUUGCUUCCAGCGCUCGGGGGACAUCAACGAGAUUUCUGAGGCCAUAUUAGCUCACCGAAAAGCUUCUUCCCUCAUAUCAGCUCUCGAACGGCCAAAUUGUCUGAACAACCUUGGAAUCUCGUUCCGACACCGCUUCGAAGAAUAUGGGGACCUUCUUGACAUUUGCGAAGCGAUAUCCGCCCUCCAAAGGUCCGUCUCCUUGACCCCAGAAGAUCAUGUAAAGAUGCCAACUCGACUCAAUAAUCUCGCGACUGCCUUCCUAGCGCGGUUCGAACACACAGGAGACCUUGCCGACGUUUCUGAGGCAAUCUCGACCCAACAACGUGCGGUACGCCUCAUUCAGAAAGACCACGCCACCAUGCCCACCCUGCUCAACACCCUCGGCUGUUCGCUUUCCGCUCGCUUUCAAUAUACCAAAGCUCUCGAAGAUAUUUCAAAUGCAAUAUCGGCGCAUGAAAGAGCGCUGAAGUACACUUCGAAGGAGCACACCAACGUGCCGUUAUGGCUCAGCAAUCUUGCGAUUUCGUUCAAGCUUCGGUUCGAAAUGACAGCAGAUCUUUCAGAUAUAUGCAAGGCAAUAUUAGCGCAGAGACAAGCCAUCGAUCUCACUCCCGAAUGCCACCCUUACCUACCCACCUGGUUGAACAGCCUUGGAAUAUGUCUUACGCUUCACUUCGAAUCCACUGGAAACACGAAUUCAAUAGCAGAGGCGAUAUCAAAGCACAAGAGAGCUAUACGGCUCACCCCGGAAGGCCAUGGACUUAUGCCGAGCUUCCUGAAAUCCUUUGGAGAUUCGUAUUUAAGUCGCUUUGAACACACGGAAGACCGCUCGGAUCUCGAGGCGGCUGUUUCCAACUACCGUCAAUCUGCUAAUAGUCGCUCAGGGCCUCCUUCCAUACGUCUCGAUUCUGCCAAGAAAUGGGCUGAAUUAGCCAUGAAAGGUAGCCCGUCAGAGUCAGAAGUCAUGGCUGCCUACGAGACCGCCAUUCGCCUCGCGUCUCAGGUUGCAGGACUAGAACAAACAAUCGAAGUGCGCCACUCUAAUCUCAUCGUCAAUAUUUCCGACUUAGCAACCACAGCUGCUGCUAUUGCCCUCUCAUUUGGACGACACGGAACCGCCGUAGAAUGGCUUGAGCACGGCCGCUGUCUGGUGUGGUCUCAGAUCAACAAUCUCCGGACGCCCCUUGAGGUCCUACGUGACAAGGACAAAGAACUGGCUGAUCGCUUCUUAGCUGUAUCAAGAGCCUUGGAGAAGUCAGGUUCUCGUCCGGAAUCACGAACUUACCAUAGCGAAGACAAGUUACAGGAGAGAAUGGCCCUCCAGGACGAAGUUCACAAGCACCAUAAAUUCGCUCGUGAAUGGGAGGAACUCCUCGCUGAUAUUCGUCGUAUCAAAGGAUUUCAGGGCUUUCUUCAACCGACGAGUAUGUCUUCCCUUCUGAGCCUCGUACCGAAAGCAGGGCCUGUCGUUGUCAUCAAUGUCCACUCCACUCGGUGCGAUGCCCUCGCGUUGCUUUCUGGCGCCGAAACCCCCAUCCAUAUUCCUCUCGACAAUUUUUCUUAUGCCCGAGGUAAUAAUCUGCGGGGCCGUCUACAACAGGUCCAUGGAGCUCGCUCUCGAGGGGAAGAGGAAGAAGAAAUUCGUGCUGGAAGGCGAGUAAUCGCCAGAAAUAAUAACCUUUGUGAAAUUCUUCUCGAGUUGUGGUCCCAUGUUGUGAAGCCUAUUCUUAACCGACUCGCAACCCCACUUCAUACUACCAGUCCUUCCCGCAUUUGGUGGUGCCCAACCGGUCCAUUGGCUUUCCUACCUAUCCACGCCGCAGGAAUCUACAGGGGGGAUAGGGAACAAGCGGAAUGCCUUUCCGACUUUGCCGUGUCCUCCUACACUCCCACAGUCAGCACACUUAUCGAGCGCACAAUAGAACGACCUAGCACAGAGGGUCCAAGACACGACAGUUUCUUGCUCGUCGGUCAACCCAACGCGCCAGAUCUUCCAGCGAUUCCUGGAGCUGCAGCUGAAGUAAACGCUAUUUGGGCAGAGCUGAGCACGCACAGGGUGGAUGCUCUUCGCGUGCAAGAUGAAGCCGCGACGAUUGAAAAAGACACUGGUCACCCCUUGAAGAGCGGCUUCGCUAUGCACAAUGGGUGGCUCGAGCUCUCUGACAUUAUCAGGAUCCACAACGCCCACGCUGAUUUGUCGUUCUUAUCAGCCUGUCAAACUAGUACCGGCGAUGAAGAGUUGUCGGAGGAGGCUGUUCAUCUGGCUGGGGGUAUGUUGGCAGCGGGAUAUCAAGGUGUGGUGGCUACCAUGUGGGCGAUAAAUGAUGGAUACGCCAUAGACAUUGCCAAAUAUUUCUACAGAAAUCUUCUGAGCAACGACCGCGAAGAUGGCGUCCCAACGUGUGCGAGAUAG